UAGAACUUUAUAAAUAGAGCUUUCUUCCCCUAGGAUUUGGGAACUACCCUCAUCUAAAACAAGACAUCCCCUUAGCUUGUUUUGUUGUAAUCCUCUUAGCCCUUUCUAAUUAAAACCCAGCUUAAUUAUAAUUAUAUAUUUAACUAUAAUAAAAUAUGGGUGAAGUUGCAAGAGCUACUGGUAAUAAUCAUGAAAUACCCAUCAACUUAAAAGAUGGUGAUCUUCCUCAAGUUUCCCCUAUAAACUCAUCUCCCUCCAACACUAAUAACUCUGAUUCUUGCUUCACUCUUCCUUUUCUGCAGAAGAUGAUAGCAGAAAUGAUGGGCACAUACUUCUUAAUAUUUGCGGGAUGUGCAGCAAUUACGGUGAACUUAGAUGAAGAUAAAGUGGUAACUUUGCCUGGGAUAGCAAUCGUGUGGGGUUUAGCUGUUAUGGUCAUGGUUUACGCUGUGGGCCACAUCUCGGGUUGCCAUAUCAACCCUGCUGUUACUAUUGCUUUCGCUACUUCCCGUAGAUUUCCGUGGAAACAGGUGCCAGCAUAUGUAAUAUGUCAAGUAGUGGGAUCAACACUUGCAAGCGGAACACUAAGGCUCAUUUUUAAUGGACACCAAACACAAAUUGUUGUUAGCGCUCCAUCUGGAUCUGAUCUUCAGUCCUUUGUCGUCGAAUUUAUUACCACUUUUUAUCUCAUGUUCGUCAUUUCUGGUGUUGCCACAGAUAACCGUGCGAUUGGAGAACUUGCUGGUCUUGCUAUUGGAGCAACUGUAUUGCUUAACGUCCUGUUUUCUGCGCCAAUAUCAAGUGCUUCGAUGAACCCAGCAAGAAGUUUAGGGCCAGCAAUAAUAUCAAACCAUUACAAGGGGGUAUGGAUUUACCUGAUUGCGCCGACUGCUGGAGCUAUAGCCGGUGCAAUGGUGUACAAUCUUAUAAGGUUCACCGACAAACCGUUGCGUGAGAUUACUAAGACGGGAUCUUUCCUCAAAUCUAAAGGUUCAUCAAGAGGAAGAACCAGCUGGUCAUAGAUCAGAAGUUAAUAACGUUUUAACCUUGAGAUUAAAUAAGUGAUCAAGGUGAAUUGCAUGUUGUAAUGGGUUUAUCUUAGUUAUGUUUUCCCUUUUCUAGUUACAUAUUAGGUAUCCUAUGAUGUAAUUGUAGUACAUGUUGCUUAACUCUAUGUCUAAUUCCAAGCGAUUCACAAAGUUUUAACUUUUUGUGCCACA